GUUCGACUAGACUCUAACCAACAUGAAGUUUGUAAUCCUCGCCUGUGUUGCCGCCGUGGCAUUCGCCGCCCCCCAGUACAGCUCCAGCGAAGAGGUCGAAUUCGUGCCAAUCCUCAAGGACGACCGCGUCCACGAGGAAGACGGAACUUACAGCUUCGACUUCGAAGCUGCCAACGGCAUCAGCUUCUCCCAGGCUGGAUCCCCCGACGGUGAUGAGGACGCUGUGAUCAAGGCCGGAGAAUACUCUUACACCGCUCCCGACGGCACUGAUAUUCAUGUCAAGUUCGUGGCUGACGAGAACGGCUUCCAGCCCCAGGGCGCCCACCUGCCCGUGGCUCCCGAGUUCCCCCACCCGAUCCCUCAGUUCGUCCUCGACCAGAUCGCCUUCGCCGCCGAGGAGGACGCCGCCCGCGCCCGCGCUGAUUCUGAUGAACGCUACAACUAAAAAUCACCAAUGUUUCUAUCCAAAGAUGAAUUAUUUAUUGUAAAGUGAUAUAAAGUCUUGAAAUCUUAA